AUGCCAGCCUCCCAAGACGAGAACAACUUCAUCGUGCCUAAGCUUGACUGGAAAGAGUGGAAGAGGUUAAUGACUCCAACCUUGGCUCCAGAUGAAGCUACGUCUACCGUUGACUACACAGACGUUACGGCGUCUCAGAUCACAUCGAUGAGCCCGAAAGAGCUAGAUGAGUACUUUGCACACCUUUCACUGCUGACUGAAACACGAAACGAAGAGACACUACUCGCGAGAUACUUCCCCGUAGACGAGCAAGUCCCCAAACAAACAGUGUCCGAGACAACAGGAGAUGAGAUGGCCGGAAGGCUGCGCGAUAUCCAAACACAGGCCGCAUCUUUUAUCGACUCAGAUGCACAUGACAGACAUGGGAAGGAAAGUUUGCGAAUCAGUCGAUAUCACUCGUACAAAUCUGAGGAGGAUCUUCCUCCCAUAGGCAAGGACUUCUUUCAUUUGGCGGCGCGGCUGGCAGGGCUGUCCGUUCCAAUGUUGGUGCGAGCUGUCAACAUGCUCGAGGGCCAUAUUGUGACCUGGCAAAAGGAGCAACGCAGAGCAGCCAGCGAAAGACGUGAACGAUCGCGGUCUUUCGUGCCUAUGGAGUCGGAUACUGAGCAGCCGACAUACACUGAGUAA